CGUCCGAUUCUGGCCGCUCGCCCAUCUCUACCGUUGGUUUCCGCCGCAAGGCUCGCGCGGCUCCCGGGCUCCGCCUCCGCGCCGCUUCUCCGCUUGCGCGAACCCAACCCCGGCGACCCCGCCGCCGCAAAACCCUUCCACCCUCUGCUCUCUCUCUCUCCGGCUCGGCGUCGCGCGCGCCGUGGAAGAGGCCACCAGUCGCGGGGGCGCGGCCUCCCGUCGGUGAUCCGACGGCGCUGUAUAAGCGUGAUCGCUUGGAGCGUCCGGACCCGUCGCUGGCUCGUGUGCGUGUCAGGGGUUUCUCCGGCUGUCCGUGCGGGUGCCCGUCCGGUACGGGAUCCUCGGCCCUCCUCCGCUGUCUCCGCCGAGGGAGGAGGCAGACCGGCCGGUCGCUGACUCGCUGCAUCGAUUUUUGGUUUGGUGGAGUUCAGCCUUAAAGACGGCUUACGCCAGAUUUGAUCUCUUCCAAGGAUUUGUAUGCUACAAAUAUUUUCGAGGAUAGCAACACGAAUCCCUCAACGAGUCAUCUGUGCAUCGAAUUCAUAUAGUUCAAAUUAUCGAAGUACUAGCACAAGCAGUCCCAUGAAUUCAAAUGAAAUGCUGGGAGCUCAGGAAACGGUAUCUACUGAGGGGAACAACAGCUGUUCUAGUGUUCAGUCCACUCCUGACAUAGAGAAGAAGUAUGUGCAUCGUGUAUAUGAUGCCAUAGCCCCACAUUUCAGCUCAACACGCUUUGCAAAAUGGCCUAAGGUUGCAGGAUUCUUGAAUUCGUUGAGGCCAGGGUCAGUUAUACUGGAUGCUGGCUGUGGUAAUGGCAAAUAUCUGGGCUUCAAUCCUGACUGUUUAUUCAUAGGAUGUGAUAUAAGCCCACCACUGAUUGAUAUAUGUGCUGGGAGAGGGCAUGAAGUGUUGGUUGCUGAUGCUGUCAACCUUCCAUACAGGGAUAAUUUUGGUGAUGCGGCAAUUUCAAUAGCAGUACUGCAUCAUUUAAGUACUGAUGCCAGGCGGAGGAAGGCCAUUGAAGAGUUGAUCCGUGUUGUUCGGAAAGGUGGUCUGGUGCUCAUCACUGUCUGGGCUGUGGAGCAGGAGGACAAGUCACUUCUCAACAAGUGGACUCCCCUCUGUGAGAAGUAUAAUGAAGAGUGGGUUGAUCCGAGCAGCCCUCCAGUGCGUAAUCAAUCCAAUACUGUGCUUGAAAGCAUAUCAGAGACUGAUGAAGACACAGGUGCAGUGAAGCAAAGGAAUGAUGAUCUGAAAAUAAGUAAUGAUGGUUUGGAUGAUAACGCCGAUGUAACUUGCAGCAAUUCCAACAUUGAUGAGUAUCACAAAACCCAGCAGGAGUACUUUGUUCCUUGGCAUCUUCCAUUUCACCGAGCUGAAAUUGGUGGUGCAUCUGCUGCUGCUCUUGAAAAUGGAUUUGCAAAAAGAGAUGACAAGAAGGGUACUGUGGUCUACAACCGCUAUUACCAUGUUUUUGUUGAAGGAGAACUUCAAAGGUUAGUUGCUGGUAUAAACAAUGCAGUUGUUGUUGACCAAUUCUAUGACAAAUCAAACUGGUGCAUCGUUCUUGAGAAGCUUUGAACAUGCAGCUAAAAGUGCCGGGGAGAAACUCAUCUGGAGCCUGUGCCCUUGUAUCUUUGUAAGGACUGCCAGUUGUAGGCGAGCACGGUUUUGCGCUCCAAAUGUACGAGGCCUGACACAAAAAAACUGCAUUAUUGAAUUUAGCAUGUCAUAAUUCUCUAUUCACUUGUUGGUGAAGAUCACUUUUGCCCGUUGUCAUCGCGGGAAUCUUCAGGUUGAUCUUUUCAGGAUUGCCCAAUUAGGGUCAUCCGGAUUUGCAGAAGUUUGUACUUAUGUUCUCAUCGAACUGGUGAAUUUUGCAGGUUUGCUUGUCUCUCUCUUAUGAGAGUAUGA